AUGCGACCUCAUACUGGAAGUACGUACUGCCUGCAGCACAAUACUCCCUGGGCGCAUGUGUUUGGAAAUCACGAUGAUCUGAGCAAGAAGAAGGGAGACAGGCUGACGCUGAUGAAGUACAAUCAAACAUUGAACUUAUCUUUCUCUGUCAUGGGACCUGAAUCUCUGUUUGGUGUUUCAAACUACUUCCUGCCGAUUUACGGUGAACACUCAGAUAAAGUGGAAGCAGUGAUAUGUGCUCUGGAUAGUGGAGGUGGGGAAAUAGAUAAGCAGAUCUCACCAGAGCAGAUCAACUGGCUUGUCAUGACCUAUCACAUCAAUCAGAAGGUGUAUGGUCGAGUACCCAGCAUUCUUUAA